CUUAUUCCUUCUGUUCCUAUUAUAUUGUGUUAAAACAUGGAGCCAACUUCACUGAAGAUAGUUUUCUUUGUCGCAUUAUUGCUUUCCCUCUCUUGUCUGCAGAUGUCAUGCGCUUUCCCUGAGAGAGAACACGUAGCCACCCCUCAAUCGCUGUCUAAAAGCAAUGGUGAAAACAUGAGCGAACGUGUGGUUCCCAUACAUUGUAAUAAGGAUAGCGAUUGCAAUUCCUUUUGUGUAAUUGGCAUAGGAUCAUGUAGUAACGGUGUUUGCUCCUGCACAACUAAGAAAUUUUAUAAUGGUUAAUCCCUCAGUACAUCCAUAUUACAAUGUUGCAGUUUGUAGGU